AUGGAUCUCCAGGGCACUAAGGAACCCCGGGCCCAAGACGAGGGCGCCGAAGGUCCGCUUGAGGCCUACGGAGCUGGGGGCAGCCGGUCCAAAGAGUAUCCCAAGAAGGAGGGGCAAGAUUCCCACAACCAUGGCGACCCCAACAACGUGCGCCCUCUUCGUCACCGACAGCCGCCAUUCGCAUAUCCCCAUGGGACUCAACAACCGGCAUCGUCGGCGACAACUGCAGCAUCGCACCCCCGACAGCCAUCGCCGUCGCCCGAGGCUAUCCGCAUUCCGCAGGUCUUAGGUCUGAGCUCCCGCAACCAGCGGCUGCUGCAAAAAGCCAAACGACAUCCCCCAGUGACGAAGAAGACGCUUAGUGAGCUCGAUCUCCCGUGUAUCAUGAACAACAUCAACCUCCGCAUGGAUGCCAACUUUGACCGUGACCUACACUUCAAGCCAGAUCUGGACGGCGAAAAGGGCAAACGCAAACGGAAAGAAGCCGCCGACUACUGGGAUGCAAUGGCGGCGGAGAUUGCCGUUUACUCGUUCCGCGCUGCUCACUCGAAUGACGACACUGGAGAAGAUGCCUCGAAUGAAAGCGCUCGACGCACAUUUGAGCCCCGUUUGCCCGCCAUGUUCGAGACCCUCCAGGAUGUUAUCAAGACCCUUGUUCCAGAGCGCGAUCACCCGAGUGUCAUGCAUAACCUGGAAGUGCCCCUGCUCAUGCAGCAGAUCCGGAAAGGCGUUUUGGACAUGCUAGCGCUAGCGACGUGGUUGGCCGCACUUCUCAAAACACAUUGUGCCCCGAUGCGCGAUGAGUGGGUGGAUCGGAUGGUCGAGCAAAUCACCGAAGGAUCGCAGUCACAAGAGCCGCAGGAGAUUGUCAAUGGUUUACAGACAUUAUUUGCCAUCCUGGAGGCUAUGAAGCUGGAUGUCGCCAAUCACCAGAUUCGCGCAUUUCGGGUACUUCUCAUCGAAGACACUGUGCCUUUCCUGCAGGAAUAUUUCCAGGGCAAAACUAGCCGCGGCUCUUUCCAGGUCGAGCCUGCACGGCUCUGGUACCUGGCAGCACGAGACCAGGCGCGAGAGGAAGAUGCAGAGAAGAACCCGACAACGACAGACACCGAAGACACGUUCAAGCCUUUGGAAGCACUGUUCCGUGGGAUAUCCGAGCAGCUGCUUCAAUUUCAUCCGCCUGACGACUUCCCCGAGACUUUCCUGUUCGACUCCGACCGGCUGUGGCAGUUGCGGGCAACCGUGCAGAACUUGAUAAACCUCGAGAUCGCCUGGUAUAUCUUCGAGUCGUAUGUGCACACCCAGAAACGGUAUUUGUCGGCUCGUGACGAGACCAGCUCCACUUUCCGGGCGCGGAUCUGGUCGCUCAUGGAGGACGGCAUGGAUCCUGACAGCCGAGUUGCAGGCGACGACGAUGCCGGUCUCCGGAAUGGCUCGCGCUGGUUGCGAAAUGUGCGCUGCAUCGCUCUGGAGGUUGCUCGGUUUGCGUGUGCCGCCUGCUGUUUGGAUGUCGUCGUCGCCGACGAGGUCAUGGUUCCCAUUGAGGCCGCCCUCGAAUGGCACCUGUCCCAUGACUCAGACCUCUUCCGCUACUUUCAGAACAGCAUGCGCGACAGAAUCCUCACCGCCACUAUUGGUUAUGCUCACAAAUACCUGCCGCUCUCACCUCUGGCCAUUUGUGAGUCGCAGCGCACAGCUCCGUCCACGACGAGCCAGUCUUCCUCGGCAAAUCCAUCCCCGUCUCAGUCUCAAUCUCAGACUCCCUACCCUCAACAAUACGAUAUCGAGCGCAUCAGCAUGCGUCUUGCCCACAUGGGAAUCCUGCAUUGGCGCGUGUGGGCACCUCUGCUGUAUCUCCGCGACGAGAUCGCGGAGCUCGAUCAGCCGGCGUUAGUAUAA